AUGGCCUCUACAAAAUCAGUCAAGCUCACCUCCCCACCCUCUGCAUCAGAAAUCUACUCGGUAGCACGAGUCGCUUCCGAAAAACUCGUCCAAGAAGCCGCGCGCAAGAACCUAUGUCUCCGCCGCCUCGUCGCCCACGCAAACCUCUACGACACCCUUCUCGACGAGUACAGCAAUUACUCGUACCUAGACUCGGAAUCGGACUCGGACUCGGACACCGGCGCAGACUCUGAUGAGUUGCCUGUCCAGUCGUGCACCGCGCACAUGGCGGACAGGGACAGUGUCGAGAUUCACGUCGAAUCGACGUAUGUGUAUCAGGACCAGCAGCUGGAUAUUGCGAUCGGGCGCGGGGAUGUGUUGAUCGAGGAGAUGGAUGAUUUGGGACUUUGUAAGGUCACGAGCCAUUCCGAAAAUGUCCGCUUUGCGACGCUACCGAGUCAUGUCGAGGUUGAAAUAUUGGAGACGGAGAUCUUUGAUGAUGAUUGA